UGGGGCAAUAGUGUCGAUUACCACACUGACAUCACGGUAGAAUGAGGACAGCGAUUACAGUCACUCGUUUGAACAUCAUCAGCAAAUAGGUGUGUGUGUGUGUGUGUGUGUGUGUGUGUGUGUGUGUGUGUGUGUGUGUGUGUGUCUGUGUGUGUGUGAGAGAGUGUGUGUGCGUGUGUGUGCGUGUGCGUGUGUGUGCGUGUGUGUGUGCGUGUGUGUGCGUGUGUACUGACUGACUGCAGCACCACCUGAAUCUCUCGUCAGCCUCCGCCUGUCUCUCAGGAUCAGAGGCGAUGGCAGCCGGCGGAGAAUGCGGGCAAUCGGUGGAUCAGUACCGGGCCGAGGUGGAGCGGUUGACUCGGGAGCUCGCAGAGGCGAACCGGGAGAAGAUUCGUGCGGCAGAAUGCGGUCUGGUGGUUCUGGAGGAGAAUGAGACACUGAAGCAUCAGUACGCGGAGCUCGAGAGUGAACAGGAGGUGCUGAAACACGAGCUCGAGCAGCUGCAGGAGGCAUUCGGUCAGGCACACACCAACCAGCGGAAGGUAGCGGAGGAUGGUGAAACAAACGAGGAGACUUUGCUGCAGGAGUCUGCCUUUAAAGAGGCUUAUUACACGAGUCGUCUGGAGGAGCUGCAAACGCAACUGAAAAUGAGUAGUUCUGUGGCCUCAAACGCUCAAGCAGAGAGUGAACAUCUCAACGCCUUUCUGCAGGAGCUCCGAGAGAAUAACGAGAUGUUGGAGCUUCAGCGGAGUCGUAUGAGAGAGGAGAUCAGAGAGUACAAGUUCAGAGAGACAAGACUGUUGCAGGAUUACACUGAACUAGAAGAGGAGAACAUCACGCUGCAGAAACUCGUGUCAACACUCAAACAGAACCAGGUGGAAUAUGAAGGUCUAAAGCAUGAAAUCAAAGUUCUGGAGGAGGAGACGGUGCUACUCAACAGCCAAUUGGAAGAUGCCUUGCGUCUGAAGGACAUUUCGGAGGGCCAGUUGGAGGAGGCAUUGGACGCUCUGAAGAGUGAGAGAGAGCAGAAGAACAGUCUGAGAAAAGAGUUGAGCCAUCACCUCAGCCUGAUGGACACACACCUGACCAUCUCUGCCAUGGAGGGGUUGAAGUUCACAGAGGAGGCAGCGACCAAUGGCACAUCUACUUCCAGCUCUGAGGACAGUAACCGCUGUAAUGAAUGUAAUGUAUACAGGCCGAAGAUGAACGGAGAGUUUCACCGGCCAGGAGGCAGGAAGAGCGAGGUGCUUGACCCAGUGUCCGAUCUCUUCAGUGAACUCAACCUGUCUGAGAUACAGAAGCUCAAACAGCAGCUCUUACAGGUUGAGCGAGAGAAGUCGGCUCUGCUUACUAACCUACAGGAAUGUCAAACUCAACUGCAGCACACGCAGGACGCUUUAACAGAACAACACAUGUGUGUUCAUCACCUUACUGAGCGAGACAAUGGCAUGAAACAUCUCAACAGUGACAAAGAGUUUGAUUCAGAUGAGACCGAGAAGAGCGCCGGACACUUCAACGGUUGCUGUGAAUAUGACACAGAUAUCAAUGGUAUAGAGCUCCUCGAGUGUAAAUAUAGAGUCGCUGUGACUGAAGUCAUUGACUUGAAGGCAGAGCUUAAGGCUUUGAAGGAAAAGUAUAACCAAACCGUGGAGAGCCAGUCAGAAGAAUUCAACCGUAACGAAGGAAAAGUCCAGGCGCUCGAAGAGCAGGUGAAGCAUUUGGAGAAAGCCUGCCACGAGGACCGCGAGCGGGUUAGCAGUCUUGAAGUGGAGCUUCGGUGUACGUCAUGUAUAGCUAGCGAGUGUAACGGCAUGUUGAACACAGCACAAGAUGAACUGGUUACAUUUAGUGAAGAACUCGCUCAGCUGUAUCAUCACGUCUGCCUGUGCAACAACGAGACGCCAAACCGUAUCAUGCUGGACUAUUACCGCCAGAGUCGGGUCACGCGCAGCGGAAGUCUCAAAGGCCCCGAUGACCCGAGAGCCCUGCUUUCUCCACGUCUAGCUCGCCGACUCGCUGCUGCUAACUCCUCAGACAUGUCCAAGAGUCCACUAGACUCUCCAGCAAAGGAACGCUUGGGAGAAGGAUCUAAAGAGGAGCCAGGAAGUCAACAGAGUCCCACCAGAAGCCCCUUUGGUUCCCCAGUCAACAGUUCAACAUUACCUUCUCCAUCCCCAGUGCCAGAGACCGGGGAUCUCCGUAGGGAGCCCAUGAACAUCUAUAACCUCAAUGCCAUCAUCCGUGACCAGAUCAAACAUCUACAGAAGGCAGUGGACCGCUCGCUUCAGCUGUCCAAGCAGAGAGCUGCUGUUCGAGAGUUGGCGCCCAUCUUCGACAAGGACAAGGAGGCUUGCAUGGAAGAGAUCCUGAAACUCAAAUCGCUCUUGAGCACCAAAAGAGAGCAGAUUGCUACCUUACGUCUUGUGCUUAAAGCCAACAAACAGACUGCAGAAGUGGCCCUGGCUAACCUGAAGAGUAAAUAUGAAAAUGAGAAGUGUAUGGUGACGGAGACGAUGAUGAAGCUUAGAAAUGAACUGAAGGCCCUCAAAGAAGAUGCUGCCACCUUUUCUUCACUGAGGGCAAUGUUUGCCACAAGAUGUGAUGAAUAUGUAACUCAACUAGAUGAGAUGCAGAGGCAGCUGGCUGCCGCAGAAGAUGAGAAGAAGACUCUGAACUCUCUCCUGCGAAUGGCCAUCCAGCAGAAACUGGCCCUGACCCAGCGCCUGGAGGACCUGGAGUUUGACCAUGAGCAGUCACACUGUGGUCGUGGAGGAAAAGUGCCAAAAAUUAGGAGCAGCCCUAAAAAAUCGUAAUGUGUUGUCAGCUCUUCAAAAGGACCGGACACACGAGGAUGGAUCCAGACUUCCAUGUGACCCUUUCAACUGUCUGGACCUUCAUUCUCAGCUUUUUGGCCCUUAGCUCCUGUCAGUGAACAAGCACUUCCUGCCGCUCUGAGUGACCCAUCAAUCAGGCAUCCAGCCAAUCACAUGCUCCUCUUCUUGUGUGAUUCUAGAGGGACCCGCCCUGAUUUCACCCUCACACUCAUGAAUAGGGUGAAUUAUUUCAUGUUUAUUGUGAAAACAAUUAUUAAUUACCACCCAGAGUAAGUUGAGCACAAUAGCAAAUGGAUUGGUCUUUUGACUUUAUAUUUAUUUUAUUUAUCUGUUUAUUUAUUUAUUUGUCUUUUUGUUUGUUUAUUUUAAACAGUUAUGUGUGGUGUCUUUUUUUGGUAUUCCUCUCUAUUGAAAUGAUGGAUCCAGAUUUGCUGCGUUCAGAACAUUUAACUUUAGUAUUUUACAAUAAGCUUGAAAAUACACUUUAAAAUACCAAAAGGCACAGUCAAUAUUUAUUAUAUCAACAAAGGACUACAUUAUGAUAUGGUGGCGUGAACGUGAUUAUCAGUUUUGCAACUAAUAUUUGUAAUCUCUGAUUUUUAGAAAACAAAUGAAAACAAAAGAAAAGUGUGAAAUCAUAGAAGAACUUUAAUAAAUGGUUGCAGAUACUGAUACAGAGAGAGGUGUGUAAACACAGUUUUCAACAAGACAUGUUCGAGUCACUCCUGUUAGUGUUAGAGUGACUUUAAAGUAUGAAUGCUCCUGAGGUGAAGUUUGUAUUACAGUCAUUAUAAACCAUUAAGUUUUGGAAAUCUCACCUUCUUGAUAUAAUGUCAUUGCAUAUGGAAUGUUUCUUUGACCUUUUUUUCUUUUUUAACAUGACAUUAUUUCAAAGCACAUGCACAAAUAUUAUAUAUUUUAUACCUGCAUUCUCUUUUUAUUGCUGAGUUGAUGUCAGAUAAGUCUGUUUGGUUUGGGUGGAUAUAGUUCAGCGACUCGUGAAUCUCUUUGUCUGAGGGAGUUUUGGUGAGAGCGAGGUUUGAUCACAGUCUGCUGCUAAAUCUGAACAUAGGUUAAUUAUUCUCAGUUCUUCUCCAAAAAACAAGCCCUAUUUACUGCAUCCCAUAUUCACCUAUGUUUUUUGGUAGAUUCCUUCCAUAAUUUAAUGUUUAUUUCCUCUGUGUAAAGCACAAUAACGUUGACCUAUGCAUUUUGAAAUAGGCACAGGAUCAUCUUCUAUCAUAUUGGCGUCUAUCCUCCGAUCAUACAGUGAUGUGUGCCAGCAGGACAUGAGAAAUGUCAAUAUUUUUUUUUUUUUUUUUUUCAAGAAGUAAACCACAAAAACAAAUUUUCAGUCUUAUUUAUUGACUGAAAGGUUAUUGAUGUGUCAACAUGGAAUACAAUCAGAACCUUCUCAAAGCUUAACUGUGUCCAUUGUGAAUCAGAAACAAAGCUCCGUCUAUUUAAUGACAUGAAGAAGGAUAUAAGAUCAAUGGUCUUAUUCAUAAUCGCUCUGGACUCCCAGUUCUCUCAGUUUCUAUUCAGUCUAACUCAUUAUAUGGUUCCCAACAAGACAAGAGGAGUUUCAGUUUGAAAACUGGUUUAAUUAACUACUAAUAUGGGUAGAUUUCUGCCUCUGAAGUGUCAUGUAUUGGAUAAGUUUAGGACAAAUGAUCAUGCUACAGGAUGCUUGUAUGUGCACAGUCUGAAGGGACACUUUUUUUUGUGAAAUAAAAAUUUAA